CGAACGGUGUGUACGCGCGCGUGCGUCCGCGCGACUCUCAUUCUUCCCGCGCAAAAUUCGAUCUAACGCGUCAUACCUAAAUAAUGGAGUGUCUAAAAUGUAAAAAAGUGCUUGCUAAAAAAGGCUCACAUUUCGUGUGUCAAGGGCCUUGCCAAGGUACAUUUCAUAGGAAUUGUGUUAAAGGACUAUCAGCGGAUAUAAAAAAGGGAAAGAACAGGAUUUAUUGCAAUAAUUGCGAAGACGAUGAGGGCUCGGAAGAAGAGGAGGAGGAGGAGGAUGCGCAAAACUACUCUAAAAUUCUCAAGGAUAUCCAGAAAAAAGUUGGAGUCAUCCCAGGGCUCAAGAAACAUCUGGAUUCUAUUACGCAAAGUUUGAGUUUGCUUUCCGAUAAGUAUGAUACUUUGAUUGCAGAGCAUGAACAGUCUAAGCUGAAAAUCAAUAAACUCGAGAAGACGAUUACAAAUAUUAAUAACAAAUGUGUAUUUCUUGAAAAAUGCAACACCGCCCUCGAACAAAAAAUCCACGACUUCGAGCAAGUAUCGCGGAAACAUAAUGUCGAAAUAGUAGGUAUCGAACAACUACCUGGCGAGAACGUAAAAGAUAUUGUCUCCAAAAUUGGUGCUGUAAUCGAUGUGAGCAGUGCUGACAUAGAAUGGGUUAGACGCAGUCGUCCAAUGAAGGCAGGUGGUAAACCAGCACCAAUUAUUGUAGGCUUCAAGAGUUCAGGGACGGAGUCGAGGGAUAGAUGGCUCGCGAAUCGCCGCAAGUUAACGGCAACUACGAGUGAUAUGGUAACAGGUGGAUCGGCUUCAACUAAAAUCUACUUAAAUGAAGAUCUGACCAGGAAUGCAAGGGUUCUUCUAUGGAAUACAAAAAAACAGCUUCACGGUACUUACAAAUAUAUCUGGGUUUCAAACGGAAAAAUAUUAGUUAAAAAAUCUGACGGUGACAAGUCUGUUUGUGUAAGGGCGGAGAGUGAUAUUUCCGAACUGCUGAAUAAAAAAUAAACUCUUAUUAUUAAUACUUUGUUUAAUAAUGUUUACAUUUAAUUGCAACUUUCACGGACCUAAAUAGUAUAGACUCAAUAACAGACGAGUCGGUUAAUUAUUCCUGCAUAGAUAGCUUAGACAAAUGGCGUAUAUCACAUAGUAAAGAUUUAUACAUAAUUCAUGUCAAUAUCCGUUCCUUAAGAAAGCAUUUUAGUGAACUCUUAGUAACCCUUCAUAGUCAUUUAAAAAAUAUAGAUAUACUGGUUAUUACUGAGGCAAAUAUAGACUUCUCACUUUUGUCAUUUUACGAAAUUGAAGGAUUUAAUGUUGAAGUUUACACCCGCAAGGGGCGAAGAGGGGGAGGGGUGCUUGUUUAUUCGCGAACAGAGUUGGCCGCGCGCGCUUGCGCGAACACAGCACUCGCGAGUACCAUGCGCUCGGCUGAGUGUGUUUCCAUUACAUUCAACUAUAAUAGAGAACAGAUUUAUAUAGUAUCAGUAUACAGACCUCCUAGAUAUAAUAAACAGGACAGGUUACAGGAGUUCUUAGUCGAAUUACGUAAACUCUUGGAUAGUGUGCCUAAGGAUACACGAGUGGUUUUUUGUGGCGAUAUUAAUAUUAAUUUGUUGGAUUAUCAAAAUAACCAAGUAAUAAAAUAUGAAAAUAUAUUAUCUGAAUACGGUUUUACUAGAUGUAUAUAUGAGAUAACUAGAAGAGAGAUUGUUAAGGGUAAUAUCGUGGAAUCGUGUUUAGACCAUAUCUAUGUAAGAGCACCAAUGUCGUUAAUUAAUUCCGCGGUAAUAAGACAUAAAGUUUCUGACCACUUCUACGUUUCUGUAUCUAUCCAAUGGGAACACGAUCUACCCAAAGGUCACGCGGUCACCGAAGCGACAGCGAGCGCGAGCGCUGGUGGGGGUGGCGGCGCGGGCGGACGAGCGCCGCUGCGGCCGCGGCCCGCACCUGCGUUCGCGCGGGAAACAACUCAACGGCGCGUCCUUGAUAAUCGUUU